GCUCUGCGUCCCCUGACGCACAGCAGUCCGCAGGGUUCAGAGGAGAGAGUAGAAAGUUUAGCAGUGUUCUCUUAUCUUACACAACAGGGUAAGAGGAUACAAAACUAUGGAGGUUAUCAGAGAUAUUGUUUCAUAGAGGAAUUUGACUCGCAGAGGUUUCAGCUUUGGAAUUAUCUUUUUGUAACGUUUUUUUUUUUUACUUUGCAUCAUCCGUUGUCGAAAUGCCUGCUUUGGUGGUUUGGAUUAACGCAAUUUGGAUUUUAUCUUUUGCCGGUUUUGACGCGGCUUCUUCAAGCUAUUCUGAAGACCAGUGCAGCUGGAGAGGCAGUGGUUUGUCCCAGCAGCAGGGCAGUGUGGAGCAGAUCUCCCUCCACUGCUCCGAGGGCACACUGGACUGGCUGUAUCCCAAAGGGGCCCUUCGCCUCACCCUCUCACCCCGCCUGCCCUCUGUGGCGGUGGGGCCCGGUGGCAGCAGCUCAGGCCUCAUCACGGCCUGCGUCAAGCCCUCUGAGCAGUUCCACGGGGCCCAGCUGUACCUGGAGAGAGAUGGGGUCCUGGAGCUCCUGGUAGGGGACCGCCUGGAGUCCUCUCCCCCGCCGAGGGUUCGCUGCUUCAGCCGCCUGCCCGGGGAGAGGGUUGCUCUCUUCCUGCAAGCUACACCCCAUCAGGACAUCAGCAGAAGGAUCGCCUCCUUUCGCUAUGAGCUGAGAGGGGACUGGACCGCGCGCCUGUCGCUGGACUCCAACCCCAUCAGCAGUGAAGAGGCCUGCAGACCCUGCAACAACACUGAGAUCCUGAUGGCCGUUUGCACCAGUGACUUUGUUGUGCGAGGAAACAUCCGAUCAGUGGUGGAAGACGAUAACCUGCGGGCAGCGGUGAUUAAGGUCAGCGCCACCCGGGUGUUUCGUCAGAAGUACGCCCUGUUCACCGGCAACAGUCGCCUGACCAGCCGGGGUGAGGUUAGGACUCUGCUGCAGUGUGGCGUCAAACCGGGGCCCGGCAGCUUUCUCUUCACCGGUCGGGUCCACUUUGGAGAGGCCUGGUUGGGCUGUGCUCCCCGUUACAAGGACUUCCAGCGGGCUUACACUAUAGCCAAAGCGGCCCAGCAGAUACCCUGUGAACUGCCUGUAGACUGAAACAGAAACUCUGCAGCAGCUUGUCUACCGCUCAGAGUCGAGGCCGUACGCCAGGCCAAACUCAGCCUUGUUCCAUAUUUUGGAAAAAGCCAUGGUGUGCAACUGUUGGCUGAUGCCGCCAUGGCACAACCAACGUCUUCCCAAAGGUCUGAGGAGUGAAAGGGGCUUUUCCCAACACCAUUUCAGUGCAUUAUGCAGUCAAGGGGUCAGAAAAAAUCUGGUGGAUUUGUGGCGCGAGGGACAUGGUUGAAAUGAAGAUUAAAGCAUUUGGCAUUGGACAGUUUUUGCACAAAGUCAUGCUAUUAUGCAGGUUCAGAGCUCAAAGCUUUAAUCUAUCGUAAAGCUUUCCAUUCGGGUUAAUUAAGUCAAGCCAUCAAUUCAGGCCUAUUGAGAGUCAUUGCUUUGAAACUCAGGAUAAUCUAUUAUUAUAAGUUCUAUAGAAAGCUAACUGCCUAUUAUUGGUUGGUAUCCCAGUGAGGAUACACUUAGGCACCUUUUUGUUCAGUUAAUGUCAGGCCACAGGAAAGGGAUGUUCUGCUGGCUACCCCUGUAUUGCGGUCAUCCUCAGUGUUACUAUUAUGAAGAAGAUUGUCCUCAGAACAUUUUAUAUAUAUAUAUAUAUAUAUAUAUAUAUAUAUAUAUUUGCACUGAUAAAGGAAAGGGAAUGAUCUGGAAAGUGUGAUGCUGAAAGCACUGAAAACCAAAUACAAAGCAACGAUAUGUAGCACAGCGGAGUGAUUGAGAAUUUAAUAUAUGUACAGAAAAUGUGAACACAUACAGUAGUGACACAAAGCUAAGGCUACCUGAGCAAGUUUCCCAGCUCAAACUAGUGCCGAGAGCACUUUCAUAUUCUUGCCAACUCUGAGAUUUUGCUUCUGUAAGGAGAUGCAGCAUUGUAGGAGCCCUGUAUUACCAUACAUUUCAGUAGCCAUGCAAUAUUUCUGCAAAAUUGAACUAAUUGGACUGUAUUUGACUUCAAAGAGAAUUAUUUAAAAGAUAUGAUGGAGUGUUGCCAAAGCGGUUCUAAGUGUUGUGGUCUAGUCAUUCACUGCACUGCUUAUGUUGUCACAAGAUAUUUACCUGUAUAGAUCAGCAAUGUUCAUAAAACUGACGACAACAGCCUUUCAUAAUUGUGUUAUUAUAUGAUGUAAAUGGGAUGGUAGGGAUGAAAAAAUCCUCUAACCUGGACAAGGCUAGUUGAAAAGAAACACAAAAAUAUGCAUUUAAUGUACAAAAUUCUGUUCUGUAAAAUUAUUUUAUAUCUAAUGUGCACUAUAUCAACAAGGGGAGGGGUUCAUACCAAAUUACCGUGAUGUGCUGAAGCGGUAUGUCUUAAAUGCGUACACUGCCAUUUUUGCUGUUUCUUUUUUAUGUAAAUGUAUGUGAAUAGCAACGUGAAUGUAAAUAUGUUGAUAAGAAAUUCUAGAAACAACGGCAUG